AGCUUUCUCUCCUCCUGCAAGUGUUCGCUGAGCGUCACUCUCUUUCAUUCACUUUGAUCCAUUGCAUUCAUUCUUUCUUAAAAAAUUAACCCCGGUGGUUUCAAAAAUCUCUCUUUCAAAAUGAAGUUCACUCUCUCUACCAUGCUGGCUGCUGCCACGCUUGUCCCGAGCAUCUCGGCUCACUACUGCUUCAACCGCCUCAUUGUCAACGACAAGUACACGACCGAGUAUGAGUAUGUCCGCAAGAACGACAACUCCAACUCUCCCAUCACCGAUGUCACGUCCAACGACCUGCGCUGCAACUCCGGUGGACUCGACACCGGCAAGUCCACCAAGACCUACGAGGUCAAGGCCGGCGACAAGGUCGGCUUCGCCCUCGACACGGGCAUUGGCCACCCCGGCCCCGUCCAGGUCUACAUGUCCAAGGCCGACACCACCGCCGCUGCCUACGACGGCUCCGGUGACUGGUUCAAGGUCUACGAGCUCGGCACCAAGGAGAUCACCGACGAGGGUCUCCAGUGGGCCACGGCCAACAUGCAGAACUUCACCUUCACUCUCCCCGAGAAGGUCCCUGCUGGCGAGUACCUGCUCCGUGCUGAGUCCAUUGCUCUCCACGGUGCCCAGGAGGUCGGUGGCGCCCAGUUCUACAUCUCUUGCGCCCAGAUCAAGGUUACCUCCGACUCUACCGCUACCCCCGACCCGACUGUGAAGAUCCCCGGUGUCUACACUGGCAAGGAGCCCGGCAUCCAGAUCAACAUCUACUACCCCAUCCCCACCAGCUACACCUUCCCCGGCCCCAAGGUCUGGCCCAGCGGUGCCUCCAACGAGGAGGCCGUCGCCUCCGCCGGUGCCUCGACUCCUGCCGCCUCCGCUGCCGCCACCAGCUCCGUCGCCGCCGUUAACAACAUCGUCUCGACCCCCGCUGCCGCCUCGACCCCUGCCGCUGUCUCUACCCCCGCUGUCGUCUCCAGCCCUGCUGCCGCCUCCAGCCCCGCUGCUACCCCCAGCACUCUGGUGACCAAGGCCUCGUCCUACGCUCCCAUCAGCACCCCCACCCCCGGCAACUCCAGCGGCACCGCCAAGAAGUACGGCCAGUGCGGUGGCAGGAACUGGAACGGCGCCACGACCUGCCCCGAGGGCACCACCUGCAAGGUCCAGAAUGACUUCUACAGCCAGUGCACCUAAGCGCGCUGUUUUUGUCUCUUGACUUGUGAAAGCUCGAUCGGGCAAAAAAGCCCGUGGUAGUGUUUAGACUUCUUCUAUCUUUGCGUGUGCGCGUCAUUGCCGCCGCAUUGCCACUUUUUCUGUUUCCAGUAGAUAUCGAUUGUCAAUACCAACAUUUGAGGAAGAGAUUCAAUAAAGCUGUACAUCAA